GUUCUAUGUUCCAGUGAGUAAGUAUGAGUUUACAUUGAGAGAAUAGGAAAGAAAAUCACAAAAUUUAUAUUGAAGUCUGAAACUUUUCACCUCAAAACUUUACUCUUAUGCCUUAUAAAUAAAUGGAUGUUGAGAAAGGUUUCAUCUGAAAACAUUUUCUAUUUCUUUUUAGCCACCACCUUUUCACGUGUCUCUCUCUUCGCUUGUUCUGUUCUGUUCUGCUAGCUCUGUUUGUUUCCUAGGAAAAGGAAAAACCUCAAUUAGGGUUGAAGCUGAGAUUCUUUAGUGGAAAAAAUGGAAGGAAGGAAACUAACGGGUUCUUCUGCUUUCCCUUCUGAACUCUUUGAGUCCAAAGGGUCACACCCAUCUUCUGCUUCUGGAAUUUUUGAAUCUAUAUUUUCUCCUCAGCCUAAGGUGCUAGGGAGAGAAUCUCUGCGCUCUGACGUGAGUGGGAAAACUACCAGUGAGGGUUGGAGUUCCAAAGUUGGUCUUCAAGAUUAUAUCAGCAAGGGAAGUGAUGUUGAAUCUAACAGCGCGGCACAUAAGGAUAUGAGUUCUAUGUAUCAGGAACAAAGAGUUCAACCAUGUCAUCUUAGUUCAUCAAUCUAUUAUGGUGGCCAGGACAUUUAUUCUCGUCCUCAGAAUACACAAGAUUCGGGAUUGAACUCUUUGUACAAGAAAGAUGGGGUUGAAGAUGAUUCAGGAAGUGCUUCUAGAGGAAACUGGUGGCAAGAAUCUCUCUAUUAUUAAGAUCGUACUUGCCAAGGGACAUACUCCUCAAGGUAAAUAGGACGAUAGUGUAGCAGUAUAGUCCAUCUUUUAUUACAUGGAAGAGUUAUACUAUAGUGAGAACGUUGUGGAUGGCUAGUUGCUUUCUCCAGCCAAACAACAGAAUCACAAUAUGAACCUUUAGUCAUACGCAUUUCUUUCUAUUUUGCUGUAAAGAGUAUGUACUCAGCAGUAGUAAUGUAAAAGUUGUAUGGUAUAAGGAACUUCAUGUAUCAUCAGCUACUCUUACGUGGCUGAAUCUUAGCUUUUACUUUAAAGGGAGAAACUCUCUUUUACUAGUUUCCCCCAUGCCUUGUUUUCAGUUGUGAUGACUUAUGAAUGUGUAUGUACCAUCAGCCAUCUCUUAGGUGACUGAACUGCAAUAAUUUACUUUAUGAGUGAAAUUCUCUGUGCUGCUUACACUUCUAUUUCUUCUUUUCCUUUUUUAUUUAAUUUUAUGUUCCAUUUCUGAUCAAGAAACUUGGCAUGGAUUAUCAUUUUGAGAAAUGUUAGCCAUACAAUUUUUAAUAUAUUUUAUAUAAUUGGUUUAUUUUUAAAAAAAGUCAAGAUACAGGCUUUGUAAAUUGAAAAGUUUUGAAAUGUUACUUUGACUUUUAAAAAAAUAGACCAUUGAAAAUUGUGUUUAAAAGAAUGUUAUUAGCAUUACUUGUAUGGUCCUUACUGGCAAUAUCUUUUGGUAAGCUUAUUGAAUCAUGAUUUUUUUUACAUAAUUUUUUUACACCCUUCUUUUAUACUUCUUGUAAACUGCCACAUUACAUGAUAGAUGAAGAGAGAGAAAGAGGAAAUGCGAUUCUUUCCAAAGGAGAGUGCAAAGAGCAAUGUGAAACAAAUUUUUUUCAAACUUUCGUACUUGAUCACAAAUAGGCCAAACCUGCCCACUGAUCCAAGAACUUUGUCAUCUAUAAAUUUUUUCUAUCACAUUAUUAUUAUGAAAGAACCCGGUACGCAAUAUAUGGUAUGGUGAAUUCGUACAUGGUAUGCAUGGUCAAUAACAAAACUUAGUAACAAUGCUUUGUAGGUUCUUCAGCUUCUUGCCAAUGCUGUAGAUUCUGAAGUCAUUGUUGCUGCACAUUGAUGGGUAGACGUUGCAAUACUGGGAAUAAUGAAAGAUUCCUGAAGAGAGUCGAAAUCAUAGGUUCAUGAACCAUCGUUGUACUCCAUGAAAGCCAAGAAUUUGCCACGCAAGGCUAUAAGUUAAAACAUCCUUCAAAGAUAGGGUGUGGUCCACCUAGGAAGCAUAUUUAUGAGGUAACAUGUAGCAACAGUUAGUUAACGAACAUGUCCACUCAAUAAUUCUGAUCCUAGUUCCAAAAUUUUCCAGACUGAGUCAGUUUAUGUGUUCCAAAACAUGACUCGUCUAUCCUUAUCCAUCAAUGGUGGGACAAGGCCUCUAGCGGUCGUUGUGUCUGUUCGUUUAGAACAUUUUUUUGUUUGUUUUUCUUUCCUGGUUCAAUGUUCUUAUGACUAAGAUAUUAGAUACCAUAUUACUACUACUGCAUGCCUGUUUGUUUGGCGAUGAAGAUGAGAUAAAAAUUGAUAUGAUAUGAAAGUAGUAUAAGAACAAGGUAUCAUAGGAGUAAAAUAUGCUUUUAUCUUAUUUUACAAUUGAUACAUAUCAAAAUAAUAAAUUAUAGACAUUAUGUUACCAUAUUUUGUUUAGUUCUAAAACGUUGGUUAAACAAAUACUAAAAAUAUAGGCUAGAAAAUUUAUUCUAUCAUCUUUUCUUAUUAUAUUCAUUAACUCUUAAAUUAGAAUAGGAAAAGAUUUUCUUCCACUAAGUCUAAAAACUUUUAUACUCAAUUUGAAUUUUUUAUAUAACUUAAAUUUAAUGAUCAGUAAAGUAAUAAAUUAUAAACAGUUAGAUUUAAGUUAAAUAAAAAAUUUAGAUUGAGUGUAAGAGUUUUUAGACUUACACUAGUAUAAGAAAAUCUUACCCUAAAUAGAAUAAUUUUAAAUCUUUCUACUUUUCAUGCCUGCAAAUUUUCUUAAUUACUAAAUGAAGAAAUUAUUAAAAAUUUUCAUGUUUUUAUGAUAAUAAAUGCAUAUAUUUUUUUCACUUAAGAUUUAUUUUGUAAAGUAGUUGAAAUAUGUAGUAAAACUCUUCAAAACAUUGUACGACUAAAAAGUACAUCAUACUGAAGGAAAGUAGAAUUUCAAAAAAUAAACUCGUUUAGAGAAAUUUAAUUGUGUAUACAACAUUACUUGAUGAUGCAAAAAAAAAAAUCAUAUUAGUAUGAAAACUAUAAUUUUAAGUUAUUUUAGUCUUAAAACAUGGGAAAUUUAAAAAUAGCAUACUAACAAAUAUUUUUAAGAAUUAAAAAGAUAUUUUUAUCAUUUUAGAAAAAUUUGUAAGUAGAUGACAGCUUUAGUCUUAUUGAGCAGGAUGCUUAUGACAUUACAGGGAGAUCAACAAGAGGACCAACUUAAAAGA